AUGAGAGCACAAAACCAGUUGCUGUGGCUCGCCCACGCCCUCCCCGCUGUUGCGCUGACUAUCACCGCUCCUGCUCAGACAUCUCCCUCUUCCACCCCAGUCUCGGGUUGUGACGCUGUGAACUUGGUUCGCGAUGGGUCUCUGCAAACCGUUGACCAGGGAGACAGUGUGUGGACUGUUCUACCGCCCGUGGAUCGUUCUCCUGACGAUGAAUACUUACAUCUGAGCCCUGAAGCUGUCGAAUCGCAGACACUCUUGGUCCAGACAGUCAGUGGAGUCGACGCGGAAGAGACUUAUACUUUCUCUUUCGACUUCCGCCAGACAGAUAGCGCAGAUGACAGCACCACCGCUUGCACCGUGAAUAUCGUGCUCGAUGGCGAAGACUCCGGUCCCAGUCCUCAAACAGCCGGUGUCUGGACAACCGUCUCCCAGCAGUGGACGGCUUCCAGCAGCCCUGAGGCCCAUGAUGUUGACGUCUUCGUCGUGAUCAGUUGCCCUGGUGCGAUUUCCUCGGGUACGACAGUGGAUGUAAACAACUUCUCGCUUGAAAAGAAUUGUGGCUCGUCUCCCGAGCCCAGCAGCACGACCCCUACCAAGACCCCGUCGGCCUCUGUGACCCCUUCUGCCUCCGCUACUGGAAACCCCAGCGUGUCGGGAACUUCGUCGAGCACCACCAGCACUGGAACAGUAUCGCACUCAUCGUCAGUCCACGUCUCCCCGACUUCGCCGAGUAGCACCCCCGGCCAUGUCACUCUGACAACCACCACUACCGGGCCUGCAAACACUGUAUCUAGCGGCACUACCGACUUGCCAGCCACGACUUCUGGAGCACCAGGAUCCACGGGAACCGCCACUACCGGGCCUGCAAACACUGUAUCUAGCGGCACUACCGACUUGCCAGCAACGACUUCUGGAGCACCAGGUUCCACGGGAACCACCACCCUCACAACCUCUACUCCCGUGGUUCCCACCGGCACCUCCACCACCGGAGCACCUUCGCAGACCAUGACAACAUCCACAAUCUACACUACUCGCACUGCGACCAUCACAGCCUGUCCCACCACCGUACCGCACUGCCCGGCCGACCAGCAGACAACAUACACAACGACCGAGACCAUCGUUGUCUCGACCACCGUCUGCCCCGUUGAUGCAACCACCACCGCCGAUGGACCCAGCCCCACAGGCCCAUCUGGCAACGGCAGUGGACCUGGAAAUGGAAACGACUACACGAUCUCGACGAUCCAUUCUACCAGAACCGUAACCUUAACCGAAUGCCCGGCAACAGUGACCGACUGCCCGGCUCGCGACCAGACGACGCAUGUCACGACCGAGACCGUCGUUGUCGGUACCACUUCGGUGCCGAUUCAAACUGCCGUGGCAACCACUGCACCUGGCGCGGGCCAGCCGGCUGGUCCUGUCCAGACUGGUGUUUCGCAUGUUGGUGGAAGUGGAAAUGGAAAUGGUGCAGACGUCGACGCCAACCUCCCGGGCGUCACAGACAUUAGCUCUUCUGUUGCGGCCGCUUCCCCUGUCGCCACUGGAAAUGGUGCAGACGUCGGCGCCAACCUCCCGGGCGUCACAGACAUUAGCUCUUCUGUUGCGGCCGCUACCCCUGUCGCCACUGGAACUGGCGCCACCACCGAUAGCAGCAGCCCGGCGACUACGUCACCCAUCUUUAACGGUGCUUCGUCCUUUACUGUGUCCGGUGCUGUGUCUGCCCUAGGUGCUAUCGCCGCUCUGGCGCUUUUCCUUUGA